AUGAUCGUUGCAUUUGUAGUUUCUGGUUUAGUUUCUUAUGGAAGCCCACUACGCAAUCAUUUUGAUCAACAAUAUGUUAUUUGUGUUAUAAGUGUUUUAUCCAUUCAAGAGACUUUUGGAUCAACAUUAUAUUCAAGUAUUCAAACUAUUAUCGCCAUUCUUCCACUUUCAAUUUUACUCUUCAUUAUUCAAAUCGUUGGCCUUUCGUAUCAUCAUUAUUUAGCUACAGAAAUUCUACUACUUCUCCUUUCAUUAAUCAUUGCCUACCAGUGUACGCAAAUUCAAACAAGAAAAAUCGCUCUAUUGUACAAUGCGAUCUUCUUCUCCACUAUUGUUAAUCAAAAUUCAUUACCCAAAGUCUUUGUAUUUCUAUUAUUGUCUAUGUUUAUAAUCGGCAUGUCGAUCGCAGUACUAGUUUCAUUGUUCAUCUUUCCCUUAUUUGCAACAUUCGAUCUCGAGCACCGUUUUUCUUAUUGUUUAUCAAAUCUUCAUCGAAUGUAUUAUUUGAUAGUUCAAGGAUUUUUGUCUCGUGAUCGAAUGACUUCGAAAGUUUCUCUUUCACGUGCAUCAAUUCUUGAACAAAUGAUUCGUGAAACAAUGUUGUUAAUGCAACCAAGAAUUCUGGAAGCAAAAUAUGAACCAAGAACGUUAUUAAAGCGAUUAUUUUAUCGAAAACGGAAAAAUUUCAUUGAUUUAAAUCUUCAAGAUCAAGCAAGUCUAAUAAGUUCAUUGAUGUUUCAUAUUUGUUCACUUCAGCUAAUGGUCAAUCAGUGUCAAUUCGAUGAAUAUCAUAAUGAUUUACGAAAUGAACUUGAAUUAAGUGUUUAUUAUUUAAAUUCGUGUCAAUCAAGUCUCAUUUCUGCAUUUUUAUCGAGAAAAUCCGUCACAAAUCAAGAUUUACGUGAUCGUUCAGCAAAUCUUUCGAAAGCUGCUGAAUCCGUUCGUGUUGCUUAUAAGAAACUUCGACUAGAAAAGGGAAUUCAGCAAUCAGAAGGUCAUUUACCUCACGGAUUUUUUCUUUUCCAAUUAUUUUAUAUUGUUAAACUUCUCAAUGACGUUGUCACAAACAGCAAUCAAAAUUCUAAUCGAACUGUUCAACCAAAAACAUUCUCUUGGAGAAAUUAUAUCCAAUUCGAUCGCGCAAGAUUUCUCUUAGCAUUGAAAAGUAUGAUUAUUAUCGGUGUUGGCUCAAUCUUUGUCAUGGUUCCAUAUUUAGCAAAGAUUUUCGAAAAUGGUCAAUGGAUUUUAAUUGCUAUGUGUAUGACACAAGCAGAAACCGUAGGAGGAGCUUUCACAACCAUGAAAAUGAGACUUAUAGGAACUCUUCUCGGUUCCAUGUGGUCAUAUAUAACAUAUUUACUAGUUGCUGACAAUAUUUUCUGGAUAUUUCUUGUGUUAAUUCCUUGGAUAUUUUUAUUUGGUUAUCUACGAUCGUAUCCAAAAUGGGGUUAUACAGCAAUCGUAGCGGCAUUUACUCCGAUUCUUGUGACAUUAGGUCAACUACCGUAUGGUGAUCGAUUACCAGCUGGCAAUUAUGCACUUUUAAGAAUUGAGGAAAAUUUCGUGGCAAUUUUAAUUUCCAUUGUUUUAACAAUGAGUAUCUUUCCAGUUUUUGCCAUUGAUUUAUUAAAAGAAAGUAUUCAAAAAAGUCUUCAUUCGUGUGAAGAAAGUAUUGAUUCAAUGCAUAAAAUCUUCGAUGAAUUAUUCCAUCAUAAACAUUCCGAAAAAGAUUUGUCCAAAGAUCAGAUCAAAUCAUUUCUUCAACAGCAAAGGUCAUCUUUUCAUCAAUUAAUUAACUUUCAACGAAUACUCGUUUCAAACGCGUCCGUCGAACCAACAUUCUGUUGGUUUCAAAAUCGAUUUUCUAACACGAGAUAUAAUUUAAUCGUUCAACAACAAAUCGACAUUUUCCGAAUGUUACACAAUAUCGAUGCUACCGUGAUCUACUUGAGUGAAUAUUCGAUAAAUGUUACAAAUCAAUCGAAUUCUUGUUCUUUGUUUCUUCGAAAUAUUCAUAGUGAAAUCUUCGAAAUAAGUCAACAAAUUAUGAAUUGUUUACAAACGUGGUCAUGUUACUUUAAGUCAAGUCAAACACGUUGUCAUUAUUUUACACGUGGAAUUCUUGUACAUCGAAAUGAACUGAUUCAAAAUGAUUUGUUUAAACAUGAACAAUGUCUUGUUGAUUUACAUAAAAUAAUUCAUCGAUUAGAACAUGAAAAUAUUCACCAAUUAUUUCAGCAAUAUCAACAAUUCGAUUUAAUUUUACUCGCUUUCUCGUCAAUUUAUUAUUCUCUUGCACAAUUAGCUCAAGCAACAUUAAAUUUAGGCACAACAAUUCACGAAAUCUUUGAAUUAGAAAUGACUGAUCUUUACGAAAUUUACUGA